AUGGGAGAGCCAAAUACCGGCGCUGCCUCGUCUGUCUAUAGAGGAGUGCGCAAGCGAAAAUGGGGCAAAUGGGUGUCUGAAAUCCGCGAGCCCGGCAAGAAAGCCAGAAUCUGGCUGGGGAGCUUCGAGACGCCUGAAAUGGCUGCUGCGGCUUACGAUGUUGCUGCUCUACACUUUCGAGGACGUGACGCACGCCUCAAUUUUCCUGAAUUGGUCAAUAGCCUCCCGCGCCCGGCAAGUUCGGACGCUGAAGACAUUCGGGUGGCGGCUCACGAGGCCGCGUUACGGCUACGAUGCCCGACUGGAUCAGGUGAGGACGGCGGUUCCGGGUCGAACAUGGCGCCCAUCACGGUGAGGCUGUCACCAAGCCAAAUUGAGGCCAUCAAUGAAGUCCCGUUGGACUCGCCGACGAUGUGGAUGCAAAUGGCAUCGGAAGAGUCUGCGCUGUUCGCCAAUGAGAUGAAGGGCAAUGAAUGGGAAGAUAUGCAAAGUGACUCCCUUUGGGACCCUUAAUUAGGUAACGUAUACCAUAUACUAUUUAGUACAUAGGAUAACAUGACACCAUAUAUGUACGUUAGUCAUUAUUUUAUAUUAAAUAUUUUAGCUAUUUUCCACGUCUAUGACUAGACGCUACACAACUUUACUUACCAAAAA